CAAAGGGAAGAAGAAGACCAAGCCGGUUCUCUUGAAAAUGUUUCCCGUCGGUGUUAUUUCACUGCUGCACACAGUUGGAAAGUGCUGCGACAGGAAAACUCUUCACAUCUCACAGUUUUACAGUCAGCUGUGAUGGCUAAGCUCCAGGGCUUUGAGUUCUGGAAGAAGACUCUGAAGGAGGCGCGCUUCGUGGUGGCCCCCAUGGUGGACCAGAGCGAGCUGGCCUGGCGCCUGCUGAGCCGCAGACACGGCGCUCAGCUCUGCUACACCCCUAUGCUGCACGCUCAGGUGUUUGUGCGCGACGCCAACUACAGGAAAGAAAAUCUCUACAAUGAAGUCUGCGAGGCUGACAGGCCUCUGAUUACUCAGUUUUGUGCCAACGAUCCAGAGGUGUUCCUUCAGGCGGCUCUGCUGGCUCAGGAUUACUGCGACGCCAUCGACCUCAACCUGGGCUGUCCUCAGAUGAUCGCUAAGAGAGGACACUAUGGAGUUUUUCUACAAGAUGAAUGGGAGCUGCUGGAGAAAAUGGUCAGGUUAGCCAAUGAAAAGCUCUCGGUGCCAAUCACAUGUAAGAUCCGGGUGUUCAAGGAGGUGGAGAAGACGGUCCGCUACGCCCAGAUGCUCGAGAAAGCAGGAUGUCAGCUGCUCACUGUUCAUGGCAGAACCAAAGACCAGAAAGGAGCCAUGACCGGCAUCGCAAGCUGGGAGCACAUCAAGGCAGUACGGAAGGCAGUAAAUAUUCCAGUGUUUGCAAAUGGUAACAUCCAACACCUGAGCGACGUGGAGCGCUGCAUCCAGGAGACGGGAGUGCAGGGAGUCAUGAGCGCAGAGGGGAACCUCCAUAACCCGGCGCUGUUUGAGGGCUGCAGCCCCCCGGUGUGGGAGAUGGCUGAGGAGUAUCUGGAGGUGGUGAAGCAGUAUCCUCCGUGCACGCUGUCCUACGUACGAGCUCACCUCUUCAAGCUGUGGCAUCACACUCUGCAGAUCCACCAGGACCUGAGGGAGGAGCUGGCCAAGGUGAAGACACUCGAGGGUUUGGCCGAUGUCAGCAAACAGCUGAGGCUGCGCUGUCAGGAGGAGAUAGCCAAAGGAAAGGAUGUAGAAGAGAAGAAGAGCGACCUUCCUUUUCCCCACUGGAUCUGCCAGCCGUACGUCAGGCCACCGCCAAAAGAGCCCGUCGCCAACGGCAACAGCCAGGGGUCGGAGGUGAAGAAGACGGUGUGUCAGAAGAGGGCGCUGGAGGACUCAGAUGGAACGGCCGACACACUCUCCAAAAACAAGCAGAAGAAGAGAUCCCGCAACCCCAACAAGAACUUCUGUCCUGAGCAGAAACCCAAAUACAUCAAAUGUGAUCAAUGCGGGAACCCAAAGGGAAAUAAAUGUGUCUUCAACUUGUGUCGAGGCUGCUGUAAGAAGAAAGCCUACAAGGAGGUGGCAGACUGUCCAAGCCAUGGGCUGAGGUUCAAGACCAAGGCAGAGAGACGGAAAGCCGAGGAGGACGAGCAGAAGAAUGACGAGCAGAAGGAGGAGUCUGUGACGGAGAGAAGCAGCAGCUCUCCUCAGCUUCUCCCUGAUUCAUGUACAGAUCUGCAGGAGCAGUCGAAGCCUCACCUGCUGCUAUGAGCACGACUCAGGCUAUCUCUACAUGCACAAACCAAACUCCUGUUGAUACAGCUCUGAACUGUUACACAUUAAAGUCUCUACUGGGUACAAAUCACUUUUUAAUUAACGCAACAUCUGUGAAGCGUUUGAAAUGGGGUCACACAGCGUUUCAAACAUGUUGGUCUGAAGAAUAGUUGAGCCUGUCUCUGAACCGACUAGGAUUUAUUCAGCUGGGGAUGAGGACUGGAAGGACAGGCUGCUGUGUGCAUUGGAGACAUAGAGAGAUGUAAUGGAAGCUUCAUGGAACAGCUAACCAGGUUGUUAGCGCAUGCAGAGAUAGCCAGUGAUCCAUGAGGAGAUCCUGUACAUAAAGCUGCCAAAUAACCUCAAUGUCUGCAGGAAAGGACUGAUGGACGAGUACUGAUGCUGAUCGACAACCAGAGCUGUAAAACAUAUUUGUGUGAUGUGGACUUUUGGGACAAUAAAUAUCUGGGACUGGGCUUGGGAAAAUGGAAGAGUUAGAUUUUAAUUCCGUCUUUUUUUUAUUUGAAAGAAUUUCUGAAGACAAGUUUCAGAUGUUAUUUUACAAACUGCUCUUACCGUUAGAUCAUUUUGACAUUUCACAGCAGAAAUAACGGCUCCAUUCCGCUGAGGGGAGGUCCAGCUGUUCUCCAGACACGCUCCCUGUCAUGGAUUUAAAUUAGUGAUGAUGUCAGUUUGACCUGUGACAAGUCAGAAUGUCUGCUGUUGGACACAAUUCCAUUUCUUGGCAUUUUAUUUCUUUCUCUUCAGGUCCUGAUUGUGGUUACAUUAGCUAAACUAUUUAUUUUGGGUAAAGGGUUUGCCUGUGGUGCAUUGACCUCCUGUAUGUUUGUGCCUUUUGAUGAUAAAUACCACUGCCUAUCCAGACUUGAGCACGAGAGGGAACAGAGGGAGGGAAAGCUCAGUGAACACACAGUCCAAAAGAAAUUACUUUAAAGGUGCUAAUUAUGCGUACAGUGAAAAGAGACGGUUUUACAUUUUGGGAAAGGUUUUUUUUUUCCUUUGCCGUCUUUUAGCCAGACAAGAAACUCAAUAGAAAAGUUAUCUGUGUUCAUUUUUAGUCUAGCUUGACACAAAGAUGGGAGGCUAAACGUGUUGAUGUAAACUGGAAAAAAAGGAGGAGACAUUUCAUAAGCAGCUGAACUCUGGUUGGUUUUCUAACGUGCUAUAAUUCAUUGCCUCUGUUUUUCUUGUGUUUUUAAAAAGAUGAAACAUUUUGCUGUCGGUGUCAAUAGAUCCCUGUGAUUCUUGUGUUAAGCUAGCCUAAAAAAAAACAUUUCUUUACUGAAUGCACAGACGAGUAAUUGUUAUUGUUCCUAUCAUCUGACUUCAAAUCCCUCUCUGCUCAUUGAUUAAACCAUAAAAAAAUCUCUGUGUGACAGUGA